AUGGUAAAGCUGUUCAUCAGAAACCUGCCCCGGGAGUCACAGAGCUCAUUCUUCAAGCAGUAUGGGAAGGUGCUGGAAUGUGACAUCAUUAAGGAUUAUGGCUUUAAUUACGGCUUUGUGCACAUAGAAGACAAAACUGCAGCAGAAGAGGCCAUACGCAACCUGCACCAUUGCAAGCUUCAUGGAGUGCACACCAACAUUGAAGCCAGCGAGAAUAACAGCAAAACCUCAACCAAGUUGCAUGUGGGCAGCAUCAGUCCCACCUGCACCAAGAAGGAGCUUCGAACCCAGUUUGAGGAGUGUGGUCUGGUCGUCGAAUGUGACAUCAUGAAAGAUUAUGCCUUCGUACACAUGGAGCGGGCAGAGGAUGCAGCGGAGGCCAUCAGGGGCCUCGAUAACACAGAGUUUUCAGGUGGGAUGUGUAUGGGCUGAAAUUCCGAGCUGCAGUUGUG